CUGAAGUGGUAAACACUUACAUUACUAUGAGUGAAAUACAUAUUCUGUGAAAGUGAAAUAUCUUCAGUGAUAAACAUUUAUAAGUGAAAUAUAUUACUGAGAGUGAAGUAUAUAGUCUAUAUAUGAAUGUGAUAGUGUGUAUUGUGUGUUUAUGUUAACUAAAGUGUUCUUUAAUGUGAAAUUGAUGUGAAUUGACUACUGUGCGUGAAAAAUAGAAUUGUGUUGAAACAAAUAGUUCAUAAAGGAAGGAUGGCUCAAUAUAUGUCAGAUAGAGAACUCAGAUUAAGGAGAAGAGAAAUUCAAAAGGAUGAUGAGGAGAGGAAACGAAAAGAACAAUUAGAAAUAGAACUAAUGGAAAAAGAACUUGAACUAAUAAGAAAACAAAGAGAGCAACUGAGACUGAAUAGACAAAGGGAGAGAAUAACAGGAGUAGAUGAUAUAGAUGUUCAACAUAUGGAAACUGUUAACCAUAGAGAAAGAUAUGGAGAAAUUGCCAAUAGAACUGAGGAUCUUGAUGGAAGUUAUAUAGGAGAAGAGUUUCCUGAACACGGAGAAACUGAUAACACGGAGUUCAACGUAGUUGAUGAAACAGGAUUUGAGGAGGAAUAUAUCUCACACAAUUCAACUCAUAUACUUGAGACAGAAGUGAUUCAGAACAAAGAUGAUAACGAUAACAUGAAUGAAAGUCAUGAUAUCAGUGCUGAGAUUGAACAAUUGAAUACAUUUUUAAGUGAGUUAAAUGGUCCAGAUCAGGAGCAAACUUUCUCAAAAGUGACAGAACAAUAUACACAAGAUAAAGGAUACAUCUAUAGAGAAAGCCCAGCCAGAAUAAAUAGGAAAAAUCCGACAGUAAGCUUCACGGACAUGAGGCAGGAUUAUACAAAUAAAGGAAUACAAAGCCAAGAUAAAGGAGAAUUACAAAAAGAUAGUUAUAGAAAACAUAAAGUCUUAAGAAAGGAAGGGGAUGAAAGGAGAACACCCAUGUCUGAUGGUAGCAAGUAUUUGGACCAGAUAAGAUCUCAUAGAGCAAAAACAGAUGACAAGUCUGAGAAAUCACGGCAGUACAAGGAAAAGGAGGCCAUAGAAGAAAGAAUUAAACAGAAAGAAAGGGAAAUGCAACUAUUGAAACAAGAAGAAAGUAUGAGAGAAAGGAAAGCCACUGAAAGAUUAGAAAAGAAAGAGUAUGAGUUGGACAAACUGAUAGCUGAGCAAGAAGAGUAUCAAAGGAAGUUAGUUGUAAGACAGAAAGAGCAAGAGUUAGAGUUUUUGAUGGAGAAGAAAAGAUUAUCAGAUGAAGUGGAAUCAUUUAAGCAGCAAUUAAAUGAGGACAUGUUAAGAAAAGAAACAGAAAUGAGACAAAGGCAUGACAUGAUAGAGGAGAUAGUAAGGAAAGAUAUGGAAAUGAGAAUUAAAAAAGAAAUGGAGGAAAGUAUCAGAAAAGAAUUGGAAGUAAAAAUGCAAAAUGAUACAAAGGAGGAGCGACGAAAUCAGGAGGAAUCGGAAAGAAGGAAGAUGUUAGAUAGUGAAAGAGAAAUGGAAGCAAGAAACCGAAAGGAAAUAGAAGAAAGAAGAAGAAAAAGGGAAGAAAGAGAGAAAGCAUUGAAAUUAAGGAGAGAGAAGCAAAAGGAGGAGGAAGAUGAGCUGAUGAAAAGCAUACAGAAACUUAAAGUUAGAGAGGAGGAAGUAAAUGCUGAACAAGAGACGGAAAGUACUGAUGAUGAAGAAGGCAAAGAAAUAGAGGAGAGGAUAAGACGAUUAAGGGAAGAAAAAGAAAGCUUGGAAAAGAAACAUAAAGAGAGAAGUGGGAAAGCAAAGGAUGAUAAAAAGGAGCAGAAAGAUGAAGAAGAUACGAGAAGAUUACUCAGCAAGCCCAAAAUACCACAGUUUGACGGAAACCAGUUUGAAGAAUGGAAAUUGGAAAUAACAAGUCUCAUUGAAACAAAGCUUUACAAGGAAUACAUACUGGCCCAAGCCGUAAGAAAUUCGAUAACAGGAAAAGCAAGAAAAGUUCUACUGACUCUGAAACCAUCAGCUUCCACUAAGGAGAUACUGAAGAAAAUGGAGGACAUCUAUGGAAAUAUUAGAAGUGGAGAUUCCAUCAUACAUGAUUUUUACUCGGCAAAACAGACCAGAGGAGAGCCGUGUUCAGAAUGGGGUGUUAGAAUAGAGACUCUAUUUUAUCAAGCACUGGAGAGAGGUGAAAUAGAAGAAUCAAGAAAGGAUUCAAAGUUAAAAGAGCGAUUUUGGAGAGGACUUUUAUCUGAGAAAAUAAAGAUAGCUACAAGAUCAGCAUAUGAAUCCUCAGGAUCAUUUGAUACCCUUCGAAAGAAAGCAAGGAUUGAAGAAUUAGAAAUAGAAAGCGAAAUUUUACCAUCAGAACAUGGAGUGAAAGAUUCAGAUGUCAAGUCAGUGAUUCGAAAUAUUCCAGAACAAGUGAAUACACACCAACCAAUACGUAGAGCAGAAGAAACGAACGCAAAGAUGGAUGAACUAUUGAAAAAGAUGAUGGAAUUAGAGAAAGAAAUCAGAGACAUAAAAAGUAACCGGAGUGGAAAUACAGAGAGUAAAAGAGGAACAGGCGGAUACAGACCACGACCAUAUGGAAGGCCUUAUAGAUGGAGACGGUAUGGAGAUGAUAGAAGUGUUGAUGAUAAUCCGAAGAAGUCGGAGGAAAAGAAGAAGGAAACCCCACCAAAAGAACACUCAUCAGAGUUUUGUAUGACAGAUCAAUGA